GAAAAGACCCGUCAUUUUAAAUAUUAGUUUGGGGUCUUUAAUGUAUUAGCCUAAUUCAAAUGAUUUCCAUAGAUAUUGUAAAACUUAUAUGUAUAUGUAAUAUAUAAACUUGCUAUUCCAAAUAUUUUUUGUAUGUAUUAUAAUUUUUCAGUUGAUUAAUUUAUUACAAUCAGCAAUUAGAAAAUUGAAGUUUUGAACUAGAUCUUCUGUAUGACUCAAGUUGGUUCUAUCUUUUAAUUAAUAAUGGCUUCAGAGGAUACAAUAUAUCAUAUUUUAGAUAUGACAUCUACAUAUAAGGAAAAAGAACUGUUGGUUAAAGCCAUUGAGUUAAUACCUGUUUCUAAAAUAUGGUCAAAUACUUGUGCAUUAUUUAGAGAAAAUCAAUUAUGUCCCAAUAAAUUUUACAUGGAGGAGUCAGUACUACUUGAAAAAUUGUUUCUGGAGAAUUUCAUAUCAUGGUUUAAAAAUGAUUUUUUCAAAUGGUAUGAACCUAAUUGUAAGGAGUGUGGCAAACACUGCGAGAUGGUCUGGUAUGGCUCAAUUUCUCCAGGAAAAUCUAUUGGAAAGACAGAGGUUUAUGAAUGUAAUAAUUGCCAAACUAUGUUUAAUUUUGAAAGGUUUAAUGACCCAUACAUACUCCUCAAAACCCGCCAAGGGAGAUGUUCUGAAUUCUCUCAAGUGUUCACUGUGAUGUGUUUUGCUGUAGGAUAUGAAGCAAGAUUUAUUUAUGACACCAAUGACCAUGCCUGGACAGAAGUAUAUUCUCAUCUCCAAGGUAGAUGGAUUCAUUGUGAUCCAUCUGAGGGUGUUGUUGACAAGCCUCUUAUGUAUGAAUUAGGUUGGGGAAAGAAGCCUAAACUAAUCAUGUCUUUCAGCCCUACCAUGGAAAUACAAGAUGUCACUUGGAGAUAUAGUCAAGAUCAUAAAGGAGUUCUUAGUAGGCGUGAAACAGAUACUAAUGCUUUGUUAUUAUAUGUUGUUUCUAAACACAACAAGCUCGUAAUUGACAACUGCUCUUCUCUAAAGAGGCGCUAUAUUUUCAAAAGAAUGAUUGGAGAAUAUGCAGAAUUUUUGACUGAACCAAAACCUACAGAGGUAUACUCUGGUCGUGUUUCUGGAUCUCUUGAAUGGCGUGAACAGAGGGGAGAAGUUGAAGUUCCAAUUUUUCAAACUGAUUAUAUUUUUAAAUUACAUAAGACUGAAAUAAAGGAUCAGCCAAAAUAUUAUUGUAUGUGGUAUAGUGCCAAUUGUGAUACUUACUUAUUUUACUGCGAUGGAGGAAACAGUCAUUUUCGAAAAGGUUGGAAAAGUUGUACAUAUUCAUUUAAAAAUAUGCUUAGAAAAGAAGAACUAGAUUGGAACCAGUCUUAUUUGGCCCGUGAAACAGGAGCAAAAUCCGGUGGAAUUGUGUGGAAAUUUGAUAUCAGUGAUACAAAUUUAAGCAUUACUGGAAUUUGUGUGAAAAUUAAUGCUUUUUAUAUCGAAAGUGGUUUUGUUGAAUUUAAAGCAUAUAAUAAUCAAAAUAAUAUUUCAUUUAAAAAUGGGGCUGAAGUUAACUGUUUACGACUUUCUCCUGAAAAAUCAUUAACUGUUGAAGUAAUUUUAAAUGGAGGAUGUGGGAAUAUCUCAUGGCAACAGGCCCAGAUUGCACGCCAAUCAAAGAGUGAAGGUCCUGCUGUCAGUUUUGGGGUAGUUUUAUUUAUCAGUUAAGAAAAAUGGUAACAUUUCAUAUGCAACUCAUGUGCAGCUUUUCAAUGAUUAUAAAGUCUGUGUAAUUUAAUUAUGAUUUGUUUUACCAAGAUCUUGGGGUGAGUAAAAAAAAAAAAUAAAAAAAAUUACCGUUUCAAUGGUUAAAAUGAAGUUUUUUCUUACAACAAUUUCUUUUAACUUUCAAAGUAUAGUCUCACACCACAGAUCUAACCUUAUUGGAUUUAGAGUCUACAGGGGCGCAAACGUUGACUCCGAUCAUUUCUUAAGCAUCGCCAGGAUCUGCCCACGAAUAUCAAUGAAAAGGCGUGUAGCAGCUGGUCCGACCCAACAGAAAUAUGACGUCUCCAAACUAAAAAACACGGAACAGUGCACAACAUACCGGCAGCACUUGGAAGUUAAACUCGCGGAGGAGCUGAGAGAGAGAGCAGAAACAUUAGAUGGCCAAUGGCCAGGAAUAGCCGAAGCUCUCAAAGAUACUGCGAAGAAGACGCUCGGACCUCAAACAAGGAAUGGCCAGAAGAAGAAGCCAGCCAGAUCUCCAUAACAGAAGACCUCCCAAACGAUGCUGAACCACCAGACGAGGAUGAACUCGAGGUGGCUGUUGUGAAGCUGAAGAAUAACAAAGCCCCGGGACUAGAUGGCAUAUAAGCGGAGAUGAUUCGCUACGUUGGCGAGGGACUUAUGAAGGAACUCCACAACCUCAUCCUUACAAUAUGGGAAGAAGAAAGGAUGCCACAAGUUUGGAGACAAGAAGUUAUUUGUCCACUUCACAAGAAGGGCGACCAAACGGAGUGUGGCAAUUACAGGGGUAUCGUCCUCCUUUUGUGUGCCUACAAAGUGUUUUCAAACAUCCUCUUCGAGAGACUCACCCCCAUGCUGAAAGGGAGAUAGGUAAUUACCAGGCGGGAUUAAGAAGGGGUAGAUCAACCACAGACCAGAUCUUCUUACUGAGAAUGAUUCUGGAAAAAUCCAAUUAACACAGGAUGGUUACGCAUCACCUCUUUCUGGAUUUCAAGUCUGCAUACGAUAGCGUAACCCGACCCGAGCUUUACCAGGCGCUGGAAGAAAUGGACAUACCCAGGAAACUGAUUCAUCUGGUGAAGAUGACCAUGUUGGAGUCGAACAGCAUAGUUCGUAUCGGAUCUGACUUCUCUGAACCUAUUGCCACAAACUGCGGUGUGAGACAGGGAUACUCCCUUGAGUGCCUUCUCUUUAAUUUGGUGGUGGAGCGAGCGGUGUGUAGAUUGGGAAUCCAAAGACUAGACACCCUAUUCAACAGUACGUUCCAGUUACUAGGGUACGCAGAUGACUUCGACAUAGCAGCUAGAUCGGAGCAUGCCCUAAGAGAAGCGUUCUUAGCUCUAGAACAAGAAGUGAAAAUUCUUGGCUUGGUCAUCAAUGAAGCCAAGACAAAGUAGUUAAGAAUAGGACCACUGAGGCGGGGACAGGUUUCUUCGAAGUUGGACCAUACAGAUUUGAGAGGGUGCGAAGUUUCGUAUCCCUGGGUUCAGAAAUAAACUCCCAAAACAAUCUAUCCCAGGAGAUCAACCGGAGAACUGCUGCAGCCAAUCGAAGCUAUUUUGGGCUAGUAAGGUACUUCAAGAGAAGACUCCUCUCCAACAAGACCAAGAUUGGCCUAUAUAAAAUCCUGAUUCGUCUGGUUCUUAUGUAUGGGUCAGAGACCUGGGCCCUCCUUGGGUGAGAACCUCCUUCUAGUGUUUGAAUGGAAGAUGUUGAGAAGUAUUUUCGGACCAGUUCGAGAGGGUAACAUUCCCUCGGAAAAGGAGGAAGAACCAGGAACAAUUAAGGCUGUACAGAAACCCUGAUAUCAUCAAUUAUAUUAAGAUUGGAAUACUUCAAUCCUGGUGGGCCACGUGGUGAGGAUGAAGGAAGGCAUUGGCUGAAGAGCUUCAUGGCAGGCGAAGAGUGGGUAGGCCAAAUGUGAUGUGGGCUGACUCAGUCACAGCGGACGCACACAAUCUCCUCUGCGUAAGGAACUGGAGAGCUGCAGCAACAGACAGGGCCAACUGGCGGAGACUUUUGGAGAAGGCCUAGACCCAUUAACAGAUUGUUAGUUGUCACCUAGUAGCCAGCUGUUCAAUUCGCUGUCAGUACCACUCUUUCAGUUAUGAAUAGAAAAAGUCUUCUCCAAUUUUUACCUUCUCAAAUGUUUGAAACGUUUUCCCUUAAGAAAAGCAACCAUUGCUCGGAAAAUAUAAAUGUCCAAAGGUGCAAGGGUGGUGCGGUAAAAGUUUCAUGGCACCCAAUUUAGUAAGUUUUUGCUUCAUUUGUUGAGAAGUGUGCAACCAGGCAUUGUCCUGCUGUAGCAAAACAUUCUUCCUGUUCACUAAAGCCGGGGAUCACAUCUCCAAAACUUCGUGCAUUGCAUCUUUUCCAAAUAAAACUCAGAAUUAACAGAACAUGCUUCUGGAACAAACUCCUAUAAAAAUUAAGUAAAAAUAUAGUAUAGAGAAUAAAAACAGAUUUGUCAAAUGCAGCAGUUCCAGAAGGAGGGGAGGGAGUGCAAGUCAGAAGAACGAGGCAGAUGGGAUAGGAUUGAAUGGAAGAUUUAAAUUGCCGGAUCUACAAUAUGUAGGAUGGGUGCUUGGUACUGGAAGAAAACACAAAAAUAUUGACACCUGGAGGACGGGAAGAACUGCUAAAUAAUAAUAAGUUAUUUUUUCUGGGACUUGCCUCUUUAGAAGAGUAGUACACAAAGACAGAAAUGUGAGCUUUGGAGUCUCAGAAAUAUCUAAAAAUCUACAAACUAAACAAAUAAUUAUAAUAAAAAAAGUAUAAGUUCCCGUCUAAUUUUAAUCGAUUUUGAAAAAAGAAAUGAAAUGUGGAAUUAUUUGAAUAUCUUACCUCAUCAUACAACAUCAUUGUGAUUGAAUGCCAAAUAAGUACUGUACCUCAAAGAUACAUUAUUUUUACAAAAUGAUUCAAUAUAGUAUUAGAAUUACAAAGAUACUUGUAACAACCACAUUGAAAUUAAAAGAGUGAGAAAGAAAUAAACACUGACUAAUUAAAAACAGAAAAUAUUUUUUACUCACCCCAAUAGUAAGUGUGAUAAACAUUCACAUGCUGAAAUAAAAUUUAUCAUGAAAAAAAAAAAUGGAUUAGUUGUUUAUAAAAGCGAGAAACGUCAUUUUUAAUGAAAUAAUUUUAAACUUAAUUUAAUUUAAAAUUAUUAUUUUAUUUUAAUAUUCUUUUUAUUAAACAUUGUUAAAUUUAGUAGUAAGACUAAAUAAAUUCUUUCAGUUGUU